AUGGAGGCUAUAGAUGGCAAGGGUGCUACACGGGGCCCAAAGGUGGACGUCACCGGUCCUGAGGAAGAUCCAAGGAGCGAAACCGAGGAUCACACGGCUGAAUCCGUUGCCAGUGAGGAAGGAGGUUAUACUUUGCGUAAUGAACUUGCGGCAAGCAGUCACCGCGAUGGUUCUAUGUACUGGGAUAUGGAUUGGCUUUGGUGGAAACAAGACUUUCGAAUUGUAGACCGUGACGAGACUAGGUUGGAGGCAAUGACGUUUUCAAAUCCCACAGAUUGCAUCAUUCACGAUGGAACUUGCAUGAAGCAUUAUGCUCGCGGCAUGCUGCAAGUUUUCUCAUUGGAGCUUGCUAAAAUUCCUAUGGAUGGUGGCUCAGUAGAGCUGUAUGGAUAUGUAGCAAUACGGGAUGAUCUCGAUCCAUUGCUUAAUUAUGUUGUCAAUAUUAGCAGGGACUUUCCCAUCACUGUGCAGCAGGGUUCUCUCAUCAACAUGGUUGGCCCAAAGCGAGGCAUAGAGAUGAGUGACUUUACUCUAAUUGAAUACGAUAUGAGGAUCAAGAUAGGCGAUCACGAAAAUGAUGACCUACAACUGAUCGAUGGUGCAUCACUCAUAGGAGAUGGAGGCCUAUGGAAUCAGCCAUUCAUGCUUGACAUCCGUGGCGGAGAUGGCGCAGUUAAUAUGAGUUUAUCACGUCUUUGUCGGGCAGUUGAGGCGACUAUAGAGAUUAUCAUAUUGGAAGUGCAGAGCAAUUUUAAUCUCUCUCUUGGAUGUCUAACUAGUGGGAUAGAUGAGGAUAUCCAGAUCUUCGAUGAUUCCAUCACUGAGCCACGUGUCUUAAGGAGGUUUGUGGUUGCCGCAGUGAAGGACUCUUUGAUAGAUUUGAAAUUCAAGGUGGAAGCUGUGUCAUCCGGUUCAAACCAACAUUGUUGUUCAUUCAGUGCCAAAACCCACGGGCAUGAUAUUCAAGAGAUAAAGAUUGAUGUGGCUUUGAUCUCAGUAAAGGUAACUUGGUCAACCUUGCCUUGUGGCUUUCCUGCUUAA